AUGGCGUGCAUCAAGAGUGCCCCGCGAUACGCCCUGGUGGCCUUCGCCCCCGACGCACCGUACCUGGCGGCGGGCACGAUGGCCGGCGCCGUCUAUCUCUUCUUCAGCUCCUCCGCCAAUCUCGAGAUCUUCAAGAUAGACUUCCGGGCUGACUCCCACGAGCUCCCCGUGGUCGGAUAUUGGUGUUUGGAAUCCCCUGACAUUGAUCGGAGUGUUGGCUCUGGUGCUCAAACUGAAGUUUCUUUUGUGUCAUGGAAUCCCAAGUUUCAACAUAUACUAGCAUCCACUUCUUAUGAUGGGAUCUCAGUUGUCUGGGACUUAAGGCAGCAGAAACCAGUUACAAGUUUUUCAGAUUCAAAUAGAAGGAGAUGCUCUGUUUUGCAAUGGAAUCCUGAUCUUUCCACCCAAUUAAUUCUGUCAUCUGGUGAUGACAGUUCACCAUCUUUGAGAGUUUGGGAUGUGAGAAAGACAAUAUCACCAUUAAGAGAGUUUGUGGGACAUACAAAAGGUGUUAUUGCCAUGUCAUGGUGUCCUAGUGACAGUGGAUUUUUGCUCACAUGUGCCAAGGACAAUCGGACUAUUUGUUGGGAUACUGUUACUGGGGGGAUCAUAUGUGAACAGCCUGCCAGCAACAGUUGGAAUUUCGAUAUUCACUGGUAUCCCAAAGUUCCUGAUGUCAUGUCAGCAUCUUCUUUUGAUGUAAAAAUUGGCAUAUAUAGCCUUGAGGCUUGUAGCAGGCUGAUUGUCGGGGAGGGUGAGUUUGGGGCACCAGCAAAAUUGAGAGCUCCAAAGUGGUUGAAGCGUCCAGCUGGUGCAUCUUUUGGUUUUGGAGGCAAGCUUGUUUCUUUUCAUCCUAGUCCAUCAACACUAGGUGUACCCUCCUGUACUUCUGAGAUCCAUGUCCAUAAUUUGGUAACGGAGCAUGAUCUGGUGAGCCGCUCCACCGAUUUUCAAGCUGCAAUACAGAAUGGGGAAAAAACUUCCCUGCGAGCUUUAUGUGAUAAAAAGUCUCAAGAUUCUGAAUCUAAAGACGACAGAGAAACCUGGGAUCUCUUAAAAGUCAUGUUUGAGGAAGAAGGAACAGCUAGGACCAAACUGCUUGCUCAUCUUGGUUUCAGCGUACCUAAUGAAGGAAGUGAAAAUGUACCUGAUGAUCUUGGCAAGAAAUUAAUGCACACUGUCAGUCUUGAUGAACAGACAACAUACAAAAGUUUAUUGAUGGAGGGUGAAAAAGGAAGUAUUGAUAAUGGGGAAGAUUUUUUUAACAAUCCUCAACUUUCUGGUGAUGGUUUAGUCACUAAAGAAACUGACACUUCUAAUUGUAAACAAGUACCAGUGGUACCAGAAGAACAUCUGGAAAGUUCUGACUCUUCAUUUGAUGAUAAUAUUCAACAUGCUUUGGUUGUUGGAGACUGCAAGGGAGCAGUUCUACAGUGCAUGUCUGCAAAUAGAAUGGCUGAUGCAUUGGUUAUUGCUCAUGUGGGUGGUCCUUCACUGUGGGAAAGUACUCACAAUCUGUAUCUUGAGAAGAGUCAUGUACCAUAUUUACAGAUUGUGUCUGCAAUGGUGAGUAAUGAUCUAGUGAGCCUCGUGAACACGAGGUCUCUGAACUUGUGGAAAGAAACACUUGCUCUUCUCUGCACGUUUGCAGAGAAGGAUGAAUGGACUGCCCUGUGCGACACACUUGCUACAUGAUUAAUGACUGUUGGUGACACACUUGCUGCAACUCUCUGCUAUAUAUGUGCCGGAAAUAUUGACAGAACUGUAGAAAUUUGGUUGCGCAACUUAAAAGCGGAACAAGAAGGAAAGACUUAUGUUGAUCUUCUUCAGGAUUUGAUGGAGAAGACCAUAGUCCUUGCAUUUGCAACCGGGCACAAGAGAUUUAGUGCUUCUUUAUCUAAGCUUAUCGAAAAUUAUGCGGAACUGCUAGCUAGUCAAGGGCUUCUUGCAACUGCAAUGGAAUACCUUAAACUGUUGGGUUCAGAUGAAUCCUCACAUGAGCUUGCCAUCUUGCGUGAUCGCAUUGCACUUUCUGCUGAAGAGAGAGAAACCAAAACUUAUCCUUACGAGAGCAGCGUACAACAAGCUAAUUCUAUGUAUGGUGCAGAACAGUCCAGUUUCGGUGGUGUUGACAGUUCUCAACGCUACUAUCAGGAUAUGUUGCAGCCCCAACAAAAACAGAGCAUUUCUGGAAGUCCAUAUGGUCAGGGCUAUCAGCAGCCUUCUGGUUCUUCUUAUGGGGGGCAUCAACCAACACAACAAAAACAGCAGUUCCAAGAGUACAUCAAUCCUGUGCCAUUUCAACCGGCACAAUCCCCUCAGAUGUUUUUACCAUCACAGGCACCACAGGUUCUACAGCCAAGUUAUGCCCCUUCCCUUGUGAGCACACAGCCUGCAGUGAAGCCCUUUGUUCCUGCAACGCCCCCAACUCUAAGAAAUGUGGAGCAAUAUCAGCAGCCCACACUUGGUGCUCAGCUAUACCCGGGGGUCGCUUCCCCUGCAUAUCAAUCUCGACCACAAGGACCUGGCUCAUCUCAAGCAGCCAGUGUUCCUGGAAACAGGUUUGCUCAAGUUAUGGCCCCUAACCCAGUUCCCAGGAGUUUUAUGCCAGUUACUACUCCAGGUUUGGUACCAAGGCCUGGUGCGAGCCCUAUGCAACCUUCAAGUCCAACCCAACUAUCUCAAGUACAAGCACCUGUUGCACCUCCAGCUCCUCCACCUACAGUGCAAACAGUUGAUACUUCAAAAGCUGAGCUGAAACCUGUUGUCACAACAUUGACAAGACUAUUCAACGAAACAUCAGAAGCUCUUGGAGGUUUGCAUGCAAAUCCAUCUAAAAAGCGGGAGAUGGAGGAUAAUUCUAGGAAAAUUGGGUCCCUGUUUGUGAAACUUAAUUCUGGAGAGUCUCCUAAUGCUGCAUCUAAGCUUUGUCAACUCUGCCAGGCUUUGGACUCUGGAGACUUUGUUGGCGCCUUGCAAAUCCAGGUGCAAUUAACCACAAGUGAUUGGGAAGAGUGCAGCUUCUGGCUUGGUCCAGUAAAGAGAAUGAUUAAGGAGUCCUUUUCCUAAAUAAUA